UUCCUAAGAUGAGAUAAGAACAACGAAAUCAACUGUUAUCAUGCCAUGUGUCUUGGCACUCAGCCUACUUCCACGUGUUACCUUUUCACUCGAAAACAUGGCAGUAAAAGACUCGACAUGAGCUGCAUGCAUUCCACGUAGUUCACCCCAUCAACGUUGCCCCUCCCCAACCUGUAUGCCUAUAAAGCACAAUGGCACCUGCUCUCAUCCUCCUCCAUGUUAUUAUCAAUCAAUAGAUCACGCAGGUAGCAGACAUAUAUCGAAAUGCAGUCUGUCAAGAAGGUGAAGGACAUGGCAAGCACCGCCAAGGAGAAGCUAAAGGAGCACGAAGUCAAGGCCGAGGAGAAGGUUGAGAAGGCCACUGCUAGGACCAAGGAGGAGAAGGUGGCAGCCGAGGAGCGGGCCAAGGCCAAGAAGGCCGAGGCCAAGAUGAAAAUGCACCAGGAGAAGGCCCGGCAUAGCGACGACGCCGCUGCACAUCGCGGCUCCCACUUGCUCCAUGGCGGCCAUCACCACCUGCCAAUCGGCGCCGCCACUCCGACUCCUCCGGGAGUAGCCGUGCCGACCUUCCCGGUUUCCAGCGUCCGACCUGCAGCCACCAAGUACUAGAACUAGAAUGUUUCUGUU